AUGACGGCCGACGUCCAUAGCGCUGCUACGCGCAUCCUGUCCGCUGAACCUACGCGUGAUCCAAGCUACGAUGAUUUCUCUUUCACUCCCUUCCUACGAAAAAGCUUCGGCUUUGGCCUUGCUAGCGACGUACCUGUAUGCAAAGCCUAUGGCGAAGGCCAUUGUCCGCUAGGCCCAGCCUGCCCCGACCGACACCCAACACCCUCUCGAGUUACCAUAUCCACAACCACUGCCUCCGGAAUGGCACCGUCAACAACACACGGGUCUCUAGUCUGCAAGCAUUUCCUGAAAGGCCUUUGCAAGAAGGGCGUCAAAUGCGAAUACCUGCACGAGUACAAUCUACGACGUAUGCCGGAGUGUCAAUCUUUUUCGCGCUCCGGAUACUGUCCCAACGGCGACGACUGUCUAUACCAACAUGUUCGCGAGGAAGCUCGUCUGCCACCAUGUGAACAUUACGAUCGUGGAUUCUGUGAGCUUGGACCGCUUUGUGCUAAGCGACAUGUUCGCCGUCAGCUUUGUCUAUUCUAUCUCUGUGGAUUUUGUCCGGAGGGCAAAGCUUGUCCAAAUGCACAUGCUCGAUGGACGGAGAAUCUCCCUCGACCUACUAUUCGGACUGAGAAAACGGAGGAGGAGUUGGAACAUGAUCGGGCUCUUAUUCGAGAAGAGCAGGAGCGUGAGAAGGAGCGAGAGCGUGAAUGGCGCAGUGAGCGUGGACGUGGCGGCGGCUUCAUGCGAGGGCGCUUUCGUGGACGAGGCAGGGGUUAA